UGAUGGUCCCUUGGACAGUCGUCUCUCCUCUUUCCCCCUUUCCGAGGCCCUUCCUUGGGGACCGAAGGCCAGACGCAUCAACGCAGUGGCCGCCGGGCUGUGGGUGGGGUUUGCUGCUCGGCGGCGGCGGUGGCGGUAGCUAGUGGGUCCUCGGGUGGCUCUGGGGCGGGGCUGCGGGGAGGGCGCCGACUGACAGACGGACUCCGCGGGAAUGGGGGGUGUGGCUGCCCAGCCAGGGUCCUCCGGGUGGGAGAGCGGCUCCGCGGCCACCGGCGGCCGGACCCGCUUUGCCUUCUGCUAGAGAUGCUUUUCCUCUCGUUUCAUGCAGGCUCCUGGGAAAGCUGGUGCUGCUGCUGCCUGAUUCCCGCCGACAGACCUUGGGACCGGGGCCGGCGCUGGCAGCUGGAGAUGGCGGACACGAGAUCCGUGCACGAAACCAGGUUUCAGGCGGCCGUGAAGGUGAUCCAGAGUUUGCCGAAAAAUGGUUCAUUCCAGCCAACAAAUGAAAUGAUGCUUAAGUUCUAUAGCUUCUAUAAACAGGCAACUGAAGGACCCUGUAAACUUUCAAGACCUGCAUUUUGGGAUCCCAUUGGAAGAUAUAAAUGGGAUGCUUGGAAUUCAUUGGGUGAUAUGACCAAAGAGGAAGCCAUGAUUGCAUAUGUUGAAGAAAUGAAAAAGUGGGUUCAAACUCAGCCUGUUACUUAUAAAUUACAGUAAUUUUUAGAAAUUAUAGCAUUAUCAUAUGUUACCACACUAGCAAUUAAGUGCUCAUUUCAUCUUUUAGAUCUUGGUAAUGUUCUGACUUCUACUCCAAAUGCCAAAACUGUUAAUGGAAAAGCUGAAAGCAGUGAUAGUGGAGCUGAGUCUGAGGAAGAAGAGGCCCAAGAAGAAGUUAAAGGAGCCGAACAAAGUGAUAAUGAUAAGAAAAUGAUGAAGAAAUCAGCAGAUCAUAAGAACUUGGAAAUCAUUGUCACUAAUGGCUAUGAUAAAGAUGGCUUUGUUCAGGAUAUACACAGUGACACUCAGGCCAGUUCUUCCCUGAAUGGCACAAGCACUGAAGAAGAAACACCUGCAGACCAAAACUUGGAGCAAGCUGGAAAAACUGCUGUCUGCAUCCAUCAAGAUAUAAAUGAUGAUCAUGUUGAAGAUAUUACAGGAAUUCAGCAUUUGACAAGUGAUUCAGACAGUGAAGUUUACUGUGAUUCUAUGGAGCAAUUUGGACAAGAAGAGUCUUUAGAGAACUUCGCAUCAAACAGUGGACCAUUUCAACACUACUUGGGAGGUGAUCCCAGUCAGCCCGUAGAACAUUCUGGUUUUCCUGAAGAUGUUCAAAUACCUCCUGGCAAUGGUAAUAUUGGGAAUAUGCAGGUGGUAGCAGUUGAAGGGAGAGGUGAAGUGAAGCAUGGAGGCGAAGAUGGCAGAAACAACAGUGGAGCACCUCACCGAGAGAAGCGAGGGGGAGAAAGCGAGGAACUCUCUAACAUCAGAAGGGGGAGAGGGCACAGGAUGCAGCAUUUGAGUGAAGGAACCAAGGGCCGGCAAGUGGGAAGUGGGGGUGACGGGGAGCGCUGGGGCUCCGACCGAGGCUCCAGAGGCAGCCUCAAUGAGCAGAUGGCCCUCGUGCUCCUGCGAUUGCAGGAGGACAUGCAGAAUGUCCUCCAGAGACUUCACAAACUGGAAACACUAACUGCUUCGCAGGCAAAAUCAUCAACAUUGCAGACGCCUAAUCAGACCCCCUCACAGAGACCAUCUUGGUGGCCCUUCGAGAUAUCUCCUGGUGCAUUAACUUUUGCUAUCAUAUGGCCUUUCAUUGCCCAGUGGCUGGUGCAUUUAUACUAUCAAAGAAGAAGAAGAAAACUGAACUGAAGAAAAAGUUGUUCUACUGAAGAAGACUGCUGGGCCUGGAUGACCUCAGAAUGAAAUGGAUUGUGGUGUUCACAAGAAAGUCUUAGUUUGUGAUGAUUACAUUUCUUUUUCUUGUCCAGUAGUUUGGUUUGUGUACAUAUAUACAUACAUAUUUUGCACUACACAAAUGAUAACAUUUUAAGGACUAAUGUCACUGAUACUUGAAUAAUCAAUCAAUCUCAACUAGGUUGUAAGUAGCAUACAUAUAUUUACCCUCUCCUUGAACUUGAAGGACAUUAAAUUAUUAAUUAUUGUUUGGUAACACGUUUACCUGAUUAUCUCCCAUAGAGAAAUAUAAGCUGCUUUUUUAAGGUACAGUUAUGAUAAUGAGGUCAGAAUUCUAAAUUAAAAAUGAGAAAGAAUGCAAACGGAGUGGAUUUCAAAUGAGAUUAAAUCAAUGUUCUGUCUUAGUCACUGAAUGGCCAUGUCACGUAGUAUGAAAACUACUGGAAGAAUCUUCUUCAUCUUCGCUUUGUGGGCUGCGCAUAAUCUUUUUUGGGCAUCCACAACCUUGAGUUUGGUGUUCAGCCAUCUUAAUUAAAAAGUAGAGCCCUAUGUCAUAAGCUUAAUGUUACAAAUGACUCACAGAAUGACAUAACCUGCUGAUGGAAAUGACGAAGAAUGAGCGUAUAUAGGUUUAAAAAAGUAUAUUCUGAGCCUGCAGGUGAUUAACAUGAUUUUUAUUCAGUCAUAUACAUUUACUUCUUUGUAGUCAUUUUCCUUUAACUGAGGAUAUCUAGUGUCUGCUUCAUAGGUGCUUUGAAAUAUAAAAUGAAAACUUAUUUAUACUGUUUUUACAAAGGUCAAAAAGGAAACACAUGAAAAUCACUUUUCUGCAACUGGUGAACAAUAUAGACUGGACUCUUAACCUCUUAGUGCCUCAGUUUUUCCUUCGGGUUAAUAUUUUAGAUAUACCUACUUUAAAGGGGUAGUGGAAGGACUUGCAAGCUAAUAGGCCAUAUGCUUUCAUAUGAAUAAGGCAUGCCCAAGUACUGGAAAUUAGUCCCUUUACCCCACCUCUCACAUUUAAAUCAAAAAGAAGGCUAUAACUUAGAUCCUUCGAGACUUUUUUGGAAAAUCAUUCUUCCUGUAUAUCUUCCAAAUUCCUUGCUCACUUAGAUGUAUCUUGUGCUUUGAAGAUUUCUUUGAUUCAAAUGCUUGUAGCAAAUACUUUUUAAGUAGUCUCGAUAUGUAUGAUGUUGGGUUAGCAUCAUGUUUUCAGAAUACUUUAAGUAAGAGGAAAAGAAUUAAUCUAUCUUUAGUAUUAGUUAUUUGCCUGAAGAAAAAAGUAUGAAAAUAUAAUUUGCUUUUCCCAAACUCUUUUUUUUCUUAUUCUUUGCUUUCAUGUAAUUUGGUAAUUAUUACUCCUUUAAUCCCAUCUUGAUUAAAAUUUGUCUAAAGGGAUCUAUUAAUAUUUGUUUUAAAAUAACUGUCCUUUAUUUAUUUAGAAAUAUAAUAAAGCAAGUAACUAACUUACACAUUAAAGUUUAGACCUAUGGAUCAGAGAUAUUUUCAAAAAUUAGACACAAAUCUGAUGUCAGAAAAGGUGGUUUUUCUCUUAGUAUAUAAGCAAACAAAAUGUAAAUUAAGAAUGUAAGCAGUUGUGAAUCAUUACCGGUGGCCAGAGGUAACUAAAUCCUAGGGAUAACCAUUUGUAUCCUGUUCCAAAGUCUUAUUUUAUAGUUUGAAAAGCACUUUGCACACAUUUCUUGUAUAUAAAAGUAAAGAUGUAAUUAUAGGGUAUAGUGUUCCUGCUUUGUUUAACAAGAACCUCAUUUUAAAUUUUGAGGUGACAGCUAUGGUAUUUUUUUAAUGAUCAACUUCUUUUCUGUUUCUUUAUUGUAAAACUAAGUUAAAAAUAAAAGGUUAAUGAGAAAUGA